CCACGCGGUAAGCUGUUCCGCCACUCCCAGUGAAAAGAAGUUACACGAAGUACCUAACUAUCAUAAAGUUUCAAUCACUGUGAAUUGUCACGAUCCUCCCAUUGCAGUAGGAUAACUAUCAUUUAUGUUUUCGAUCGAUUUUGCGUUAGACUGCAGCGACAUUUUUUGCGAUUUUUUGUCGUCUCAUUUGUCCAAGCGACUCGUGCUAGAAGUCGUGCUAGAACUCGUGCUAGAACUCGUGCUAGAACUCGUGCUAGAAUAAAUCUGUUUUAUCGUAAGUCAUACGAUUUGGCAAAGAAACAAGACCGUUUGAAAUUCGCAUCGAGCCAUGGAAAUGAGUGAUCAACAAUUCUCUGGUAAAGAGUACGAUGAAUUGAUUAAACCAAUCAUGAUAACCGCAAAAAUAAUUUCCAUCUGGCCAUUGGAGGAGGACAGUAGCAAGGGAACAAUAUUACUUAGAAGAUUCCACUUGUUCUGUAUGUUUUUUCUGGCGGUAGUGAUGUCCAUCGCGGUGACAGCCGACGUAGUUCACAAUAUAGAUGACUUGAAUGAAGCGACCGAAUGCGCACUGAUUUGUACAGCAUUUUACCUCUGUGUAGUCCGUUUGCUAGUGUACUCGCUCCAUCAGAAGGACAUGCUCUACGUGGUGAAGACGAUGAAAGAGGAUUGGAUCUUGUCUUCUCACGAAGAUCGAACAAUUUUAGCGAAGAAAACGAUGUUUGCCUUUCGUCUCGCGAAAUAUUUUAUCAGUACCGUGGCUAUGACGAUUGUACUGUUCAUGUGUAUCCCGUUUUUAGAGAUUUACGCGUUUGGUAGCAACGAAAGGGUACUUCCGUUUCGAGGCUAUUUUUUUAUUAAUCAUACCAUAUCACCGGUGUUUGAGUGCCUUUAUUUCUUUAACGUAACAGCGGGUGGCUUUGGCGGAAGUAUGAUUGCCGGUGCUACCAGUUUCAAUCUGGUGGUAAUAAUGCACGGUUCGGGCAAGUUUGCAGUUUUGCGGAAAAGGCUGGAGGCUCUCAGUGGAGAAGAUCCUAAUUCUACCGCUAUCAUGAGCAAUUACGUGAUUCGUCACCAGAAAGCGAUAGAGUGGGCGUCACUUGUCCUAUCACGAAUUUGCACUUUAAUUUGUUGGAUGUAUGAUGUUGUUGCACGGUACGCAGAUGCACUGGAAAGGAUCAUAAAUGUUCUGGCUUUGGGGCAAUUCGUCAUUAGCACCGGCCUGAUCUGCUUCGCGGGAUUCCAGAUUACCUCGAUGAUGAAGGACAAGGGUCGCCUGAUGAAAUAUUCGACCUUCUUGAACUCGGCCAUUCUUGAGCUGUUCAUGUUCAGCUUCAGUGGAAAUGGCUUGAUCGACGAGAGCGGAGCAGUGGGUGACUCCGCUUAUGGCAGUGGAUGGAUCGGCAGUAGAUUCAGCCAGAAUCUUCAGAUCAUGAUGAUGCGCGCGAGGAUUCCCAGCAAAAUCACCGCGGCAAAGUUCUAUGCCAUGUCCUUGGAGAGCUUCUCAAUGGUUCUGAGUACGUCGUUCUCAUACUUCACGGUCCUUACAGCCACCGAAGGCGAUUAAUGGUCUCACCAAUGAACGUAGAUGUUUGUACGACAAGCUUUACGAUUGUAGACGGCGUCCCAUGAUGACUCAACUUACAGAGAAUAUAAGUACUUUAGUCGUUCCACUAGCCUAAAAAUAUCCGUGUAAAACAAAGUGUCGACGGAAAGUUCGUGUUUUCUUUCUCGUUCUUAAGAUCGAUGGAUA